AAGACAAUCCCUGCAAAUAUUAAUUCAUUCACAUUCAAACACUGGGGAUUAAUUAUAUAACAGCACAUGCAGAACGGAUAUCAUUUUACAAGCUUCUCCCCGCCGAUUAACUCGGCCCCCGCCGCGGCUAUUUCUGGAGAUCUGCUAUAAUGAAGCCACACGGUGAAAACUGGAACAGUGAUGGAGGCGAUAUCCGCUGUAUAUGAUGAGGAAGGUUUGGGGAGUACUUUUAGCGCUGGUGGUUUCAGUCGCUGGGAUCUACUUCGUUCUCUCGCGGUCAGUACUGGAUUACCCAGUGACAGAGAGCCCGACAUGGAUUCCGCCCGCUUCCGUUCAAAAAAUGAAAUCUGGGAUCAAGGACAUCCUGAAUUUUACCCAGAAUGCCCUGCUUAUGAUACCAAGUGUCGACAAUUUCAUUCCAAACCUCACACAAGAUAACUUGGUUAAAAAGAAAAGUGAUGUCGAAAUACCACAAAAAAAUGAAAGCAAAGUUGGAAAUAACGUGAAAAAUACAAGGAACGUCACCAUAGUUACAGCUUACUGGAAUCUCGGAACGUUUCAAAAGGGUGUCGGAGGUCUUAAGUUCUCAACAAACACAUAUUUCAAAUGGGCGUCCACAUUCAAGUUCUUAGUGAAUCCUCUGGUUGUGUAUACUGACUGCAAAGAGUUUAAGGAGUUGAUGGAGACUCUGCGAUCCGAUCGCCUCAACAACACAAUGAUAUACCUGCUGAAUCGGACGGAACUCUGGCCCUUCCAACUUGUGACCCAAAUGAAAUCCGUCCUGGAUCAAACGGGCUAUCCAAAAUAUUACCCCAAUACAGUAAUCCCUGAAUAUCCCGCGGCCCAACAUUCAAAGUAUGCGGUUGUGGCAGAAACGAUACGCAAAGGCGUCUUUACCAAUCCUUACUUCGCUUGGCUAGAUAUAGGAUAUUUUAGGGAUGUCGUGGAACGAAAGGUUGACUUUACCUUGGACAUACCACCGGGCUUUGACCCAGGAAAAAUAUCUGUCAACCGAGUGGAGGGUCUGUCAAUGAAUAUAGACCCUUUCACGAUAUUUAGGAAAAACAUCGUAUGGGUUGGAGGAGGAAUAUUUCUUGGGAAAGGAGAGGCACUACUUCAAUUUGAGCAGUUGUAUCACAGGGCAGUCAAAUAUUUUUUGGACCAACAGUUGGUGAAUUCGGACCAGCAGGUGCUGUAUUCUAUGUACAGUAAAAAGGGCAGGGAAGCCUUGAAGCCGAAUAUAGAACUACAGUUGUACAUCCCAAAGGGAUCCGGAAAUCCGUGGUUUUAUUUGGGAUAUUUGUGUAGAAAAGAAGUAUCUGUUAGAAAUUCGUAAAAGUGUGUAUGAAAGAGAGAGGGUGGAAGAAGAGGGAGUGAGAGUAUAGGCAUUAUAUAGAGAGUAAAGGCAUUAUAUAGAGAGUAAAGGCAUUAUUUAAAUGAAUUUUUCACUUUAUCAUUUGUAUUUUCAGUUUUGUUGUAUAUUUUUUUUUAGAUUCUCGUGAUGACAUACUUAUGCAUGAAAGUUUUUUGACGAUACCCAGCUGUAGUCAAAAUAGUGUGAAUCAGACCAAAUUCACGGACAUGUUCAUCAUUUGUUUUCUGUUAUAUCGGUACCCUCAAUUGUUAAAACAUAAUCUUUUUGUUUACAUUGUUUUAUGCAUAUUUAUUUCAAAUGAUCAUGUGGAAUUCAAGGGGGAAUAAAAAUUCUUAACUAUAAA